AUGAAGAUAACUAUUUUGUUUUUAACUCUUCUAGUUCUUUCUUCCUCAUGUACAUCGAUAAUUACCAAAACAAUGAAUUCAAAAGAGACAAUAUAUCUUGAUAACCCAGCCGUGAGUCCUUCAAUUGAUCAAAAUCUAGUGGAUAUACAUCUUGGGCACUCUUUUGUUCAAGGCGUAAUGAGUUUUUGUUAUGACUGCGGAAAAGCUUGUUUUAGAAGGGGUAAAAAUCUUGCUAGGUGUCAAAAGUUUGUUUGUCGUUGCACUAUCAGUAAACUUAGAUAGGACUCGUAAUUUCUUUGUAAAAUUUAUAAUAAAAAAUUAUUAUUUAAUGUUUUUCUAUGAUUUUUGUUUACU